AUGCUGAAAAUGAGACUUAUGACAUUGGCCGCCGCUGAACUUUCCCGACGUGGGCCUCUUGGAGACGGCCGAGCUUGGUGGACGCCGUGGAGGAGUGAAAUCUCUUCUCUGUCGCUUAUAAAAACUGUGGAAUACAAUCUGUCGUAUGUGUAUCACGCUAUGUAUGCUUACUUCGAUCGUGAUAACAUCGCUCUCAAGGGUCUUGCCAUAUUCUUUAAGGAAUCGAGUGUGGAAGAAAGAGAGCACGUUGAAAAGUUAGUGGAGUAUCAGAACAAACGUGGUGGGAGGGUUAAAUUGCAGUCGAUUGUAAUGCCUCUCACAGAGUUUGAACACGUUGACAAGGGAUAUGCUCUCUAUGGUAAGCUAUUACUUUGA